AUGUCGGACGAGGCUAGCCCCAAUUCUGCUACUCCUAUUAUGGAGGCCGAGCCAGCGCAUGCUGAUGCUGCAGUUCAGAUCGAAUUGAAAGAAGCAGAAAGCUCGACUAAGCCAGUCUCAGACAGCAGUGCUGAGAUCAGCGAGUCCAAGGAGGCGGAAGUCGCGACCGAAGACGCGCCAGGAGGUGCCGAAGCUGAAAACACAAACGAUACGCAAACAACCUCCGACGACGUCACACAAAACAACCCUGCGCCUGGUGAAGAAGACAGCAAAAUGAAGGACACCGCAAAGCCAGAUGAUACGGCUCUUGCUGUUACGGGACCUGCGGAUGUCACAGUCGGAACACCUGCUUCUGCCGCAAAGAACAAAGGUGGAAACCGACGCAAAUCAACAGGCGUUCCGGAGCAUAAGGGCAAGAAGAUCAGCAAGAAGGCCUCCCUUUCCAGACUGACACACACCGAUGCCAAACCCGGCGAUUACUUCUACAUCCGAUUGAAGGGUUAUCCUCUGUGGCCCGGGAUUGUUUGCGACGACACAAUGCUGCCAACUACCCUUCUUCGGAAUAGACCAGUAACUGCCGCAAGAGCCGAUGGUACCUACAGAGAGGACUUUGCAGAUGGUGGAGCCAAGGUCAACGAGCGUACAUUUCCCGUCAUGUACCUCCAUACAAAUGAAUUUGGCUGGAUCCCCAACUACGACCUGGUGGACCUUGACUUCUCAACAGUAGGAAACGUCCAGCCAAAUAUGAGAAAGGACCUGGCUGCUGCUCGUACACUUGCCGCCGAGAAGAACGAUUUGGGCUACUUCAAAUUGAUCCUGAAGCAAUUCGUGGAGCAACGUGAGGCAGAGCGAUCGGCUAAGGAAGCUGCCAAAGCUGAGAAGAAGGCUGCAGCGAAGAAGAGCGCAACUCCUAAGAAGGUCACGAAGUCUGCCAAGACUGUUGUGGAAGAUGACGAGGACGACGUCGAGAUGCCUGAUGUGGCAGAGCCCGAGUCCGAGGGAGCAGAGGCCAGUGCCGAACCCAAGAAGACGAAGAAGCGAAAGGCAGAAGAGGCUGGUGAUUCUGUCAAGAAGGCUCGCACCACCAUCAAGUUAACAACCAAGUCCACGAAUGGUGCCUCCACCCCAAAGACUCCGAAGGAAGCUACUCCGAAGGCGGCCAAGCCAAAGAAAUCGAAGGCAGCCCCUAAGGCUUCUGAGACUCCUGCAGUUACUGUGCCGAAGGAACCAGAACUAUCAGCUGAGGAGAAGAGAGCCAAGAAGGAGAAAGAAAUCCUUUUCCUGCGCCAUAAGCUUCAAAAGGGCCUGUUGACUCGAGACCAGGACCCAAAGGAGGAAGAGAUGAAGCAGAUGUCCGAGUUCGUCUCCAAGCUCGAGGGUUACCAUGAUCUUGAGGUCAGCAUUAUUCGAGCUACGAAGAUCAACAAAGUCCUCAAGGCGAUUCUCAAGCUACCUAAGAUUCCGCAAGAAGAUGUACACGGUUUUAAGAAGCGAUCUCAAAAGCUCCUUGACCAAUGGAACAAGCUACUUGCCAGCAGUGACACCACCCCAGCUUCAGGCUCGGCUCCAGCCACCAACGGCGAGGCUAAGUCUGAGGUAGAAGGCACCAAAGCUUCUCCAGCUGAGGCCACAAAUGGAACCAAGGAAUCAUCCGCUGAGUCGAAGGCCGAGGAGAAAAUUGAAGAGAAAACCGAGGAGGAAUCCGAAGAGACGGCCGAGGACAAGGUUGAGACGGAUGAGAAGGCCGAUGCUGAGAAGUCCGAGGGAGGUGAGAAGUCUUCAGUAGACGGAUCAGCUACUCCAGAGGCCAAGGGUGCUCCAGCUGAGAUUGAAGUUGUCCCAGCGAAGGCUGCCGAAGAACCCGAGGAGGUAAGAAGCCAGCACCCAGAGGGAGCUCCCGCGAUCUGCCCUCUGAUUCUCUUCCAAGCAACGGCACUCGUUCGGCAUCCCAUUGCGAUUCUGAUUUGCGAUUCUGCAUGUAACACUAUGCGAUACUGGAGUCUUUUCUUCUUGGACUGCGUGCUCCGAUGCAAUCUGGUUCACGACUGUAAAACCGGCGAGCUUUCCAAAACUGGUCUGCGAGGGAGGAUGGGAUCUGGAUGGGCAUGGGCAUGGGCAUGGGCAGCAUGGUGUCUAAUUUCCAUGAGCACUCACUAUCUGGUUUAG